AUGUUGAUGGGCGAUCGUGUAGUUCCAAAAGCACGUUCCUUAUCUGGGUUUAAUAAUUCAACCAUUAUUACAAAGGGCGAGAUUGAACUAAGCACAUACGUAGAAGGGGACAACAAAGAAACAAAAUUUCAAGUGAAAGACAUGGAUAUGGCCUAUAAUGUGAUUCUUGGGAGGCCGUGGAUUCAUGAUAUGGAUGUUGUGCCAUCCACAUUACAUCAAGUUAUCAAAUUUCCUUCAAAAUGGGGAAUUCAACAAAUUCGAGGAGAUCAACAAACUUCAAGGAGCAUCAAUUCGGUGAUACAGCCAAGUCAAAAAGAUACGAGUGCAAGUCAAAAAGAUACUAGUACAAGUCAAAAAAAUGCGGGUGAGAAAAAUGCGGUAAAUCAAAUUUCAACAGAAAUUGUAUCAAAACAAACAGACGUGGACUCCAGACCAGAUGUAAUUCAAGAGCCAGAGGAGAACGAAAAUAUUAAAACAACGAAUGAGGAGCUUGAAGCUGUUCCACUAUUCGAACAAUGGCCAGAUAGAAGAAUUCAUAUCGGAGCAAGGAUAAAACCAGAUAUGAGAGGCCACAAAUUAUUAAGCUUUCUAGAUGCGUAUUCUGGUUACAAUCAAAUAAAAAUGGACCCCUUAGACGAAGAAAAAACUUCAUUUAUUACAAACAGGGGGACUUAUUAUUACAAAGUCAUGCCUUUUGGCUUGAAAAAUGUUGGAGCCACGUAUCAGAGGUUGGUGACCAAGAUGGUCCAAGAACACCUGGGGAAGAGGAUGGAAGUGUACAUUGAUGUUAUGUUGGUCAAAUCUACACAAGCGGAAGAUCAUUUUCAACAUCUUUCAACUACCUUCGAGAUCCUCCGCAGAUAUAAUAUGAAAUCGAACCCAAAAAAGUGCGCUUUUGGCGUAGCUUCAGGUAAGUUUCUAGGCUUUCUCGUAUCUAAUAGAGGAAUUGAAGUAAAUCCUGCACAGAUUAAAGCUAUUGAAGAAAUACCUGAUAUACUCACAAGCAAAAAAGAGGUACAAAGAUUGACAGGUGGGAUUGCAGCUCUGGGAAGAUUCAUUUCAAGAUCUUCAGAGAAAAGCUUUAAAUUCUUUUCAGUAUUGAAGAAGCAAAAUCAGUUUGAAUGA